UGUUUCUUAAGUCUUAAUCGAAGUACUAUGUCCUACUUGAUAGCUCUUGUAGUCUUAUCAUUCUGUCCUCAUGAUAUGAAAUCCAUACCUUGUUUUGAAAGUCUUAACCGAAGUACUAUAUCCUACUUGAUGGCUCUUGUAGUCUUAAUCAUAUAUAUACAUAUAUUAAUUACCGAACAAGUGGCCAGGGGAUAUUGUUUCUGAAACAGAGCCGUUGUUUCAGGAAGUUAUGACGGGGUCAGCAGACGCGGUUUGUUAGAUCUAAUGGCUGUUAGUGCUCGCAUCGAAUGGACCUCGGUGCGGCGGAUAAUUCUAAUACAUCCGCCGGCCGGCGCCUAGCGCCGCCCUUUAUGUUUCCGAAAAUUAAGAAAACUAUGGGAAAUGAUUAGCAUCACCCGACAGAUAACGACCUAUGCGUCGUCCGCCUCCGUGGCUGUUGGAUCUGAUUUUAAUCAAAUGGCUAGGAGCAACGUAUUACCCAGACUAGGUUCCACAACUGAGUCAUUGUUGUAAUUUCCCCCACCGCAACAACUGGUGUGUUGUGGGAUCUGGAUCUGGGUCUCCACGAGAGCAAUGAUCACCCAUGCUCCUCCCGAGCUUCCCGUCAAGGCGGCGCCUCCUCGCGCUGCUUCGACCGCCGCCGGCAACACGCCGACGAGUCGCCCGCCUCCAUCAUGAACGUCGACCGUCACGGUGCGACCGAACUCAAGCUGCAUCUGCCGUCCCGGGGAAGCAUCGGUGUCCGCGUCCACCGCUAGGAGCUACGUUCAUGUCCCGCCAUCCCGAGGGAGCAUCAACCUUUCUUUCGGUCGACGUGGUCGCUGCUUGCUGGUAGCUACAACGAAUUCCUGCAACAAGGUCUCUGUUGCAAGACCUCUGUUACAAAACAAAUUAAAUUCCAACGAGGCCUCUGUCGUCAAAAAUUAUUGCAACAAGACAUCUGUUGAAAAAAACUGUAACACGACAUCUGUUGUAAAAAUAAUCUGCAACUUGAACUAUGUUGCAAAAUUUUCUGCAACAUAAUCCAUGUUGCGGAAAUUUUCUGCAACACGACGUGUGUUGCAGUGAUAUAAAGUGACCCUCCAUCGCUCCAUCCGUCAGAUCGAACAGCUUGCGAGGCGGCGGAUCUUUCAAAAUGAUCCGCGAAAACUAUGACUAAAUGGGCUGCGCCAUGACCGGCCCACUUAGGUUUGCCCAGCAGCGUAGGAACGAGGUCUCGUCCUCGUCUCGCUCCACCAAGGCGACGAUCCAUUCCCUGACGCAUCUGUGCACAAGCGCGCCGCCGCUGCCGGGAGCUGCCUCCACCUCCAUCGCCCGUCGCCUCAGCUCUUCCCCCGUCCGCAAGCAAGUGACUACAGGUAAACUGUGGCAAGCAAGAUGGCCCUCUCAUCAGUUUUCAGGAGAGUAAACAUCAAAGAACUGAUCUCAAAUGUUCCAGUGUACACUAGCUCAACAGAGACAUCUGGAGGAAUGAGCUUGGUGUUUAGGCGUUGGGCCACAAAAAAGACUGCUGGGUCAACGAAAAAUGGCCGCGACUCUAACCCCAAGUAUCUGGGUGUUAAGAAAUUUGGUGGAGAGAAAGUGGAACCAGGAAACAUAAUCGUACGACAAAGAGGAACCCGCUUCCAUCCUGGGAACUAUGUUGGCAUGGGGAAGGAUCACACUAUCUUCUCUCUGAAGGAAGGCCAUGUGUGGUUCGAGCGGAAUAAACUGACUGGCAGGAAAUGGAUUCAUGUUGAACCUGUAGCUGGGCACACUCUCCACCCUGUUUACGCCAAUGGUUCAGCCACUGCAGCUGACAUGGAGCUACUGUAGUGUUGAUGUGUGCGUGGGUUGCAGUGACAAGUUGCUGAUAGCCUACUGGGCAUGGCUCUGCUGUUUUGCUCCGACAUGGAUACCUUCCAUAAAUGAACUUGUUCUAGUGAAAAUGUUUCUGGGCUAGGAUGAUUGCAGUAAGUAACUUCAGUGUGUUUCUGAUGUCAUUUUAAGUAUCCAUUCUGCAUGAGACAUUGAAGGUUCGCUUGUGUAA